GGUCUGAGUGCCACACAGUGGGGAAGGGGUGGGGGCCACCAUGUCAUCGUAUCAGAAGGAACUGGAGAAAUACAGAGAUAUAGAUGAAGAUGAGAUCCUCAGGACCCUGAGCCCUGAGGAGCUAGAGCAGCUGGACUGCGAGCUACAGGAGAUGGACCCCGAGAACAUGCUUCUGCCAGCUGGACUAAGACAACGUGACCAGACAAAGAAGAGCCCAACGGGGCCCCUGGACCGAGAUGCCCUUUUACAGUACCUGGAGCAACAGGCACUGGAGGUCAAAGAGCGUGAAGAUUUGGUGCCCUACACAGGCGAGAAGAAGGGGAAACCAUAUAUUGAGCCCAAGAGGGAGAUCCCGGCACAGGAGCAGAUCACCCUGGAGCCUGAGCUAGAGGAGGCACUGGCCAAUGCCACGGAUGCUGAAAUGUGUGACAUUGCAGCAAUUCUGGGCAUGUACACACUGAUGAGCAACAAGCAGUACUAUGACGCCAUCUGCAGCGGAGAAAUCUGCAACACUGAAGGCAUUAGCAGUGUGGUACAGCCUGACAAGUACAAGCCAGUACCUGAUGAGCCUCCAAAUCCUGCCAACAUCGAGGAGAUCUUAAAGAGGGUUCGAAGCAAUGACAAGGAGUUAGAGGAAGUAAAUCUCAACAACAUACAGGAUAUCCCAAUACCCAUGCUAAGUGAGUUAUGUGAGGCAAUGAAGACAAACACCUAUGUCCGGAGUUUCAGUCUGGUGGCCACAAGGAGUGGUGACCCUAUUGCCAAUGCGGUGGCUGACAUGUUGCGUGAGAAUCGUAGCGUCCAGAGCCUGAACAUCGAAUCCAACUUCAUUAGCAGCAUAGGGCUCAUGGCUGUGCUGAAAGCAGUUCGGGAGAAUGACACACUCACCGAGCUCCGUGUAGACAAUCAGCGCCAGUGGCCUGGUGAUGCAGUGGAGAUGGAGAUGGCCACUGUACUAGAGCAAUGUCCCUCUAUUGUGCGCUUCGGCUACCACUUUACACAGCAGGGACCACGAGCGCGGGCAGCCCAGGCCAUGACCCGAAACAACGAGCUGCGUCGCCAGCAAAAGAAGAGAUGACACAGCCUUUCCUUUUGCCAGCCAGAGCCGGUGCCGUGGACAUGUCAAUCCUCCUCUAUCCCCCUUUCCUGUAAAUAAAGGCCC